UUCAGUUCUAGCGAUCAUGCUCAACAAUAUCCAGUUUUGCGAGAAAGAUCACAAUAGUCACGCACAAUGCUACAGGACUUAAGUUUGAGCUCAUGAUGAUUUUACAACCAUGAUAAUCAUACAUAUAUUCGUACACAACUAUCAGCUGAGCUGACGGACUUAAUCGAUUCCUGAGCGGUGGAGAGAGACAGUGCGUCUGCGCUGAAAAUGAGUUGCCAAUCAUUGGGCGGGAGAGCGGAGCACAGUGGUGCUACAAACAUAUCUGCUCGAAAACAUUGCCGGCGUGAAAUGCUGGUGCCAGUAUCUGUCUUACUGAAUUGUUCAGCGCUCAGUGUUCCAAAUCAUUUUUGCGCAAUAGUUGCAUAAAUGUUAGCUUUUAUUUCUUUACCAAAAGGCUAAAAUACUAGUUCAUCACAUCUGGUCGGCGCAAAAGAAGAAAUAAGUCACCACGCAUAAACAACCCAUAUUCGAAUGAAAAUCCUUGUCGCGGAACAUUAGGUAGCCAGCGUCUCUCAACAAUCUCCCUUAUUGCAUUCCGACCUUAUUAACAGUUCUCAUGCUAAAGUGUAAAUUCCAGUGUCUCUUUUGAGUGAAACGGUCAAGGUGUAGAUCGAAAUGAAUUGGUAAAUUAGUGUUGUACCAUACACCCUGCCUAUUGCUCCCAGCAAACCACGCGAAAAACGUAUGUGGUCCCGUAAUCCAUAGUGAUGGCUUGUUUAUAAGUGUUCUGCAUAACCACAGUAUAAAAAAUGGAACUUUGCAUCUAAUGAUUAGGCAAGCCAGUAUUAUCACUUUGCAGAUUCUGCUGAGCAGGGGAUCUGAAUCCAAUAGUACACUGCGACGUUGGGGCUUGAACUCGACCGUGGAGCAUAUGGUGUAGACAAACCUGAUUAGGCGUACCUACAUCUUUUCCAGUGACAUUGUAAAAUGUGGACUUUUUCUAUCUUAGCGCUAUUAGUCAUAAACUAUGAAUGUCACGCUUCUAGGACCUGCAAGCCGAGUGACUUCCACUAUGAGUUCACCGAAUGCGAUGAAGUAGGUGGGAGAUGGAGGGUGAGUGUUCCUACUUACGGUGACUGCAUCAAUGGAGAACCAAAUCCUCCGACGCGCACGGAAGGAUGUAGUGUUUCCUGUGAUCCCGGAUGGUUCUUUGACCUGAGCGAGUUGGAAUGCUCUCGCUGCCCCAACGGAACCUACAGUCUUGGGGGAGGCGUUCACUUCGAUAGCUGGAAGACUCUGCCGAAAGCUUUCAGCGCGCACACGGAAGCCUUCAAGUCUGCGUUUAGCCUGGGCAGACGCCGUGGUGAUGUGGACUGCAAUGAGUUUGGAUGGCAAGCAAGUGGCGAUGUCCUUGCAAGCAAGGGAGGACCUUGUGCUGCGGUGCUUGUGUACACUGUGAAACUUGUUAAACCAGGUGCUGUGCGCUACACUUACCAGUAUCCGGAUGAAAACAUCAUAUUCGAGUUCCAGGCACAAGAUGAACGAUGCCAAAGCCUUGACGAUGCUGAUGACUACAAGUGGCCUCCCUUAUCACGCGAUGGACAGUGGAAGACUCUCACGGUGAAGCUGAACAAAGGCCUAAAUGUUCUUCACUGGAAGACGAUAGGAAUUGAAGCCAGAGCCUCUACACAGCCAGUGCUCAUUAAGAGUAUUCAGAUAAGUGGGGUUGCUCACUCAUCAGAAUGCACACCUUGUCCAGAGGGUACAUUUAGCGGACCAGGUGCAAAUUCAUGCACGGAGUGUGACGAAGGCACGUAUGCUGAAAGGGGAUCGUCGGAGUGCUUGCCCUGUGAUCCUGAAAAAGAGUAUGCCCCAAGAGGAUCUCCCAAGUGUUUGAAGAGACCUCCCUGCACCACAAAAGACUACUAUGAAAUUGACUCGGCUUGUGAUGAAAACAAUCAGACUAGAGCCAUCUACAAAUGGAUUGAGAACCGUGUCUGCCGAGAGCAAAUGGAGGGUUCAGUGUCCCUACCUCCUUCAGGGAAAGUGAAGACUUGUCCCCCUUGUAACCCGGGAAUGCAUUACACCUCUGGAACAGGAUGUGUGACAUGUCCGAGAGGUACCCACAGUGACGGCAUUUCUCCCUGCCGCCCUUGUCCACCCAGCACAGCUCCUAACUAUGGCUAUCGGUACCAGUGGUGGUCAUCCAUGCCACCCAACAUGGCAGCCACAUGCAUGCCUGCUGAUCACUUUGGCUGCAGUGGAUCCGAUGGCUGGCAAGUGAAUGGAGAUCACAUCCAUUCUGGUAGAGGUCAUUCAGACGAUGCUUACUUAGUGCUGAGUCUCAAGGUUGGAGGAUUUAGGGGUCGGGAAGGAUUUGUCAAUGGCCAUCCAAUGGAGGUUGGCAGGAUCUCCUUUACUUUUGAGCUCGUUUGCGUCACAGACUGUGAAUUUGUCUUCAUGGAGGCUUCCGCAACCAAGGGGGUGGUUGUGGUACAAAGGUGGGCAGGUGCUCAGCAGCGUCUGUACUACAGCUACGGUGUUACUAGAAAUGACUCGUACACUUUCUCUUGGGCAUUCCUGAAGGUAUCGUGGGAAAAGAGUUACAUGCGCCUUGGGUCUUCACGGCUCUAUGAAACAGAUAUGGCUAAGAUAUUCAGUAUUAAUGUCACAAAUACAAUUGAUGGAGGGGCAUCUACCUGCAUACCCUGCCCUCAGGCUCCAGCAACUACUGGAUGCAUUCCAUGCCCAGCAGGGCAUUAUAUAGAACCCAACACGACUGAGUGCACAAAAUGUCCACCUGACACAGUUGUCACGGACCCGUUACCCUAUGGAAAAGAUUCCUGUCUUCCCUGCGGUCCAGGGCUCACUGCUCCUGACCACCUCACGUGUAUUGUGCAGUGUCGCCUCACCAUCGACAAUAAAACUUACGACCUUACAAAUAUUAGCAGUCCCAGAACGGUAAUAGGCAGCACUCUGUUUACGUCAUCUGGCAACAAGUUUUUCCACAUGUUCAACAUCUCAAUAUGUGGAAAUACCAGUGUUGCUUGUUCCAACAACGUUUCAUACAACAUGGAAGGCGAUAGUCCCACUGUCAUGUCACGCGUCUGUCGCUCCACGAUCGUUCCUGGUAUGGAGGGAUCUCGACAUAGCCACAUGCGGGCAGUAGCUACGCAGUCGGUGUCUUUAGGAGACCACCUGGUAGGUGUCACCACCAAUAAUUCUCUCAUGAACAUCUCGGUCAUACCAGAGUUCACUCUUUCGAAUACAUCCGGACAGAAGGACCUUCACUUCUUCUACACGACUCCAUUGUCCACAAGUGCUUGUCCGAAAGGUCGGAGUACGACGGUGACACUACGAUGUAAUCCAGAUGCCACAGGGCAGGGAGAGGUCAGUCUUCUGAGUCAGUGCCCCGAUGGCACCUGCGAUGGCUGUAAUUUCCACUUCCUUUGGAAAUCUCAGGUGGCUUGCCCAGAAUGCUCCAAAGAUGAUUUGCUGGAGGCCCAUGGCGAAUGCAAGAGCGGUCAACAACUAGUUCAUUACAUCACCUCAAAGACAUGCCGUGCUCCAGAUGGAAUUCCACAAGGGAAGACUGUCCCUUGCACAACAAGGCUUCCUUUUAUGAUCGAGGUGACCAUUUUGAGCACAGUGUGUAUGGCGCUCUUCCUGUGCCUCCUCAUCUUCUGCCUCUGGAAAAAGAAUCAACGGCUCGAGUACAAAUAUAUGAAACUUGUAGCCAGUGCAUCGUCAAAGGAUGGCUUACUUGAGCUCCCACCUGCAGAGUCUUGUGCCUUGGAUGACGGGGAGGAAGAGGAAGUUCACUUUUCUCAGAAUCCUCCUAAGGGAAUCCUGAAUAGGCUUAAGAACAACAGAAUCAAGCCCACAGAAGGCAGAGGACUUCUGGCAAAAUCAAUGAUGAUGACUGAUAAGGAUCAACUCACCUGAACCACUUAGCUGAUCUUAAAGGAAAACCAUUUUUUAUUCUGGUUGUGGCCCAUGAAACAUUUGAGAAAUAUAGUUAUAUAAAUUCUGCAUUAUAUAUAUAUAUACGUAUAUAUAUAUAUAUAUAUAUAUAU